UCUUGCCGCGACGGCACCGCGCGCGCGCACGACACGUUCCUUAAUCUGGGUGGCUUCACGCUCGCGAUCACGUACGGAUGCUCAGCGUCCUGCACCGCCGACGGCCGCCGCCGCCGCCGAGCCCCCGCCCCGACGACGGCUCCCUCGCCUGCUACGGCAUCGUCGUCGCCACCGCGUCGCUGCUCCUGUUCACCACCCUCGCCGCCACAGUCAGCCUCGCCAAGGCGGGCGCGCUCGCCGGCGCGGCCGUGGUGGUGUUCGGCGCCGCCGGAUGCGUCUCCCGGUGCUGCGCGGGCGGCAGCGGGGCGGGUCCCGCGCUUCCGACGACGGUGGCGCCGGCGCCGGCGGCGCGCGCGAGGGCGGCGUGCGGGCUGGUGGACGCGGCGAUCGAAUCGCUGCCGGCGUUCGCCUACACGCGCGCCGCCGCGUGUGGCGCGGAGGGCGGCGGCGGCAGCAGCAAGUCCGGGAGGUGCGCGCUGUGCCCCGUGUGCCUGGAGGACGUCGAGGCCGGCGAGAUGGUGCGGCAGCUGCCGGCGUGCCGGCACCUGUUCCACGUGGAGUGCAUCGACAUGUGGCUCCACUCGCACGCGACGUGCCCCCUGUGCCGGUGCCAAGUCUCGCCGCAGCAAGUUGGUGUGAAGCUCGCGGCGGCAGCAGAUCCACCGGAUGAUGCGCCGCCGGUGUGAUCCUACUCAGGGAAGAAGGCCAUGUCAUGUGGCGACUAAGAUCGUCGAUUUUGCUCAAUCCUGCAACGAUUUUUUGCUGAAGCAGAAGUUUGUGCAUAAAUGGUGUGUGAAUCAUCAAAAGCUUUGUUCACCUGAUGCUCGAACAGAUAGUGAGUCGGUAAUUCUUGUCAUGGAUUAGUGGGUUUACUGCCGUCAGGAAUCAGUAAACAUCCCCAAAAAAACAGAAAUCAGCAAACGCAAUGGAUAAGCAUGAGAUAUCUCAGAGAUUCUCACUGUACGGGAACCCGAGAAGACAAUUAGCCACUCAUUAGUCAUUUAGUGUUAUCAGUCUGACUGUUCCUGUGCCGCAUUUGUCUGCUGUAACAAAUUUCUAGUGUCUCUAUAAAGCCUAAACAU